AUGAAGUCCAAGAGAUCGUUUAUUCGUGCGAUUCUUUUCGUUCUUCGUCUACAGAAAAAUGUUAACGUUCGCCGUAAUCAGUCCCGUCGGAACACCAUCUUCACUUCGAGAAACAUUACGCGUUUCCUCCAACUUCUAUAUUCUUUCAGAGGAAGAAAAGAAAGUUACAGAGAUGCGAAUCUACCAAGCACCGCCGUCGCUCAUCGCACAAAAGUACCCAACGUCACCGGAACAGUGCACCGAGCAGCUCGUACCCACUCCGGUUUGUUUAUUUGUUAUGUUAUCAGUUGCUGGUUUUUUUCCGGGUCACCAAGUGUCAUUCGUGCCUCGUUUCUCGACAAUCACCACAAUCAGCAGGACAAUCUUUGUGAUUUCGGAGCCUUCUCCGCUAUGUCGCAACCAUACUUGGUUGGCCUCGACGAUUCAAGAGGCCGACCUUUAAUAAGUGUCUGCGCAGGAGCUGCUCACACUCUUGCAUCCACUGCUCUUCUGUGUAGACAACAGUCUCUGGAUGAACCAGCUACCAGAGCUUUGGAAAAGGUUGCAUCUGGUCCGCUGCUUCGAGGAAUCUCUGUUCAAAGACAGUCUAGUGUAGAGUUCAGCGAGCGCAGAAGAGCCGAAGAUGCACAGAAACUGCAGAAGAAAGCAAUCAAGACUAACAUGAUCUCAAUGUUCGGCGCUAUCAUCGCUUGCGAGCAGAAUGAUGUUGAGGCUCUAAAAGUGGUAAUUGAUAAAAACCAGUUUGAUGUCACCAGCGCUGUUAACGGAAACUAUGAAGCUUAUCCAACGAAAUGGUCUCUUCUUGACAUUGCCAUCAAUCUGAAUAAUGAUCAUGACAAAAGAAUGAGCUCUCUCCAAAUCCAUUUGAGUUUGUUGAAGCAGAUGGAGGAUUUUUUGGAAAAGACGGUCAAGCCCAAAAUGUUGCAAAGUGUGUCGGUUGAAGCGAUUUCUCAUUCUCGUGCACUUAUCCAGUUCAACUACAAGGAGCCCCAGCCAAGCAUUGUUCUCAAGUUCAAAAUUCAAUGGUCUGACACGGAAGAUUUCAAAACCGUAAUUGGAGAGAUAAUAGAGCCACGGCCACUGGAGAAUCGAAUUAUCAUUCAUAACCUUGAACAUGGCAAGCAUUAUUUCUUUACUAUCAGCUGUAUUGGAGUAAAUGGAGAAUCAAAACCAAUGGUUUGUUGGCCAGGGAGAAUUGAGAUCACCAGU